AUGGCAAAUGAAUUAACAACAAGCAGGAAAAAAAACAUAGAAAAAUUCGAACAAGAGAAUACACUUGCUACGAUCUCAUCGAUUGUGUUAGAUCAAAGCCGAAGACAUGUAAUCGACGUUCAUACGAGAUCUACGGAGGAAACUGCUAUGGAUAUUGAAAUGAAAAAAAGCGCCCUAUCUUUGGCUACGAAUUUAAAAAAAAUUUCAAAAUUCGAUAAGGAAAUGAUGGUGCAAAAAGGUAUAGAGGAGGAGAAGAUAAAAGCAGAAGAAGAAAAAGAAGAAGAAAAAGUAGAAGAAAUGGCUACCAUUUUGGAUAUGAAAUCUAAAAAGUUCUUACAAGGAGAAGAAUUAAUAAUAUACAAAAAGCGUGGUAGCUUUUUCAAUCCUAGGCCUAGUAUAUUCCCAUCGCCGGUAUCCAUAAUGGAAACGAAAACGAUCGAUACCAGUGAUAAGGUAUUCAUUCACAUAAGUAUAUCUGUAUACAAAGUAUGCAGAUCAUCUUUCAAAAUGAUGAUACGUAAUAUGCCGUACAUUUAUUUAUAUGGGUAA